AUGGAUGGGGAGGAAGGGUUUCAGCUUAUACCAAUAGCCUUUACUGUUGAGGCUUCUAGAAAGGCACUCGCUAAAAUGGUUAUAAUAGAUGAGUUUCCUUUUAGGUUUGUUGAAGGGUAUGAGUUUCAAAGAUAUUCGACAACCGUACAACCUAAGUUACGAAUUAGGGGUAUCCCAUCUUGUCAAACUUUGGCUAGAGAUGUGAUUGGCAUUUAUGGUGUUGAGAGAGAGAAACUAAAUGGCGCCUUGAAGGGUCAUAGGGUGUGUCUUACUACGGAUACAUGGACUAUUAUUCAAAAUCUGAAUUAUAUGUCCCUUACAUUUCAUUUUGUUGAUGAUGAUUGGAAGUUGCAUAAGAGAAUUCUAAAUUUUUGUCAAGUUGAAGACCAUAAGGGGAAGACUAUAGGUAGAAAGAUUGAAAUGUGUUUGUGUGAGUGGGGUAUUAAUGGCAUAUUCAUUUUAACAAUGAACAAUGCUAACUCAACUGGUGCCACCAUUAAGUUUUUGCAAACUAUAACUAAAGAUUGGAAGGGGACUGUUUUAGAACAUGAGUUCUUACACAUGAGGUGUUGUGCACAUAUCCUAAAUCUAAUUAUGGGGGAUGGUUUGAGAGAAAUUGAUGCAUCCAUUGCGAAGGUGCAUGAAGCUAUGAGGUAUGUGAAGUCCUCACCAAAUAGGAAUCAAACUUUUAUGAGUUUUAUUGAGAGAUUAGGUAUUGAGUCUAAGUCUCUUCUUUGUUUAGAUGUACCAACAGGGUGGAACUCUACCUAUCUCAUGUUAGAAACGGUAGAAAAAUUUGAGAAAGCAUUCAUACAAAUGGACUUUGAAAAUGAUAGUUAUUCUUCAUACUUUAUGAACAAGGAGAAUAGUUGUGGUAUGGGAUCUCCUAGUGGUAUUGAUUUCCAAAAUUUUAGGACAUUUGUGGGUUUUUUGAAGCUUUUUUACAAUGCAACGAAAAAGUUUUCAGGUUCUUUGUUUGUUAUUGCAAACACCUUUUUUGAUGAGAUGUUUGUCAUUCAAGAGAAUAUUGCCUAUUUAAGUAAAUAUCAAAACUACCUCUUGAAAAACAUGGCAAUGGUUGAUGAGAUGAUUGAAUUGGUGAGGGGUACCUUGGUCAAGUUGUGUGAUUAUUACUCUUGUGUUGAUUUACCAAAUGUACAAGUACUAAGUGGGAGUGAGGGGACACACAUAGAAGGUGAGUCAAUUGGUUGUAGCAAUCCAUAUGCGAUGGUUAAUUCUAGGUUUGAGCGUUGCUUGGAGGUUGAGCAGUUCAUAGGGUGUAGCAAUGAGAUCAACAAAUAUUUGGUUGAAAAUUGUGAAAGUAGAAGGGGGAUGUGA